AAAUCAGGAGCUUAGGCAAAGAAGAGUCAAAAGUCCGUUGCCAAUAGAUUUGCAAGGUGGGCGACUUGCACUGGGAGUGUUUAGGGGGAGCUUUGAGGGCGGCCUGGAAAAAAAAACUGUUUUCUUGGCCAAAGCACUAGAGCCGUUAGUUUCGACACUUUGGGGACCCCCUCUACUCUCCAAGGAAGAGCAGGAUGGGAGAAUCAGAGCCGGGGAGACGGAUCUCCCCGGUAAAGAGUUUUCUUGCAGGAGGGGUUGCCGGCGCGUGCCUUUUAUUUGCUGGACAUCCUCUUGAUACUAUCAAGGUUCGCCUUCAAACACAGCCCAAAGCCUCUCCCACACAAUAUGUGCUUUACACAGGAACAUAUGACUGUUUCAGGAAGACCGUGUCAAAAGAGGGAGUCCUGGGCCUCUACAAGGGCAUGGGGGCCCCCCUUGCCGGUGUGGCUCCCAUGAUGGCCAUCAGCUUCUUUGGCUUCGGCCUGGGCAAGCAGCUGCUCCAGGCGGACCCCAACAUCCCUCACACGUAUGGUCAGAUCUUUUUGUCUGGUAUGUUAGGAGGGGUCUUCACCACCGUCAUCGUAGCACCCGGAGAAAGAAUAAAGUGUUUGCUUCAGGUACAGUCUACCUCGGGCCAGUUUAAGUAUGCAGGGCCAGUGGAUUGUGCAAUCAAGCUCUACAAAGAGCAAGGCAUUCGCAGCGUUUACAAAGGAACCGUAAUCACUCUUAUCAGAGAUGUGCCUUCUAAUGGUUUAUAUUUUAUGACCUAUGAGUAUAUGAAGUACCUUCUAACAUCAGAGGGUGAAAGUAUCAACCACCUCAGCACUCCCAAAAUUCUCCUUGCUGGUGGAACAGCAGGGAUAUUGAACUGGGUCAUUGCCCUCCCUCCAGACGUACUGAAGUCCAACUUCCAGACGGCUGCUGAUGGGCGCUACAGGGGGGUGAUGGAUGUUCUCAGGGAACUACUACGUGAGGAAGGGGCCCGAGGUCUUUACAAAGGCAUCACUGCUGUCAUGCUCAGGGCUUUCCCUGCGAACGCGGCCUGUUUCCUGGGUUUUGAUGUAGCCCUGAAGUGCUUGGAUUGGCUGGCUCCUACCUGGUGACCUUUAACCUUUGUGGUUCUAUACAGAGACCUCAUUCCAGUGUGCCUCACUACAGCACACCAUGGAUACGUCAGCCCUGUUCUCUCUGCCCUCUACCCAUAAUGUCUUUUUAUUUAAAAGUGUUAUGUAGUUUUUAAUUUAUUUAUUUUUUUGUUUUUAUUGCAGCCAGUUGUUUGCACGUAUGUAUUCUUGGGCCAAAUAGGCAUGUGCACACAAAGAUUAUUGAAGUAGCUUAAAUGAAAUGAUCAUGGGAGACCCAGAUGAACUUUAAAAAAAACAAAAGUGUUAUGUUUUCACAACAGAAGAAACUGAUGGACUCUCAGCUUUAAUUACAUUUCAGUUGUACAGUUUGAAUCCAAGUCCAAUCUCACGUAUAUCCAAUUUCUUUUUGUCGGGUGCAGGCUCUAAACGUAAAGUUCAUUGUAAGGUAAUGAAAGAACACACACCGGUGAGCUUCCUUUUACUCCAUCUUUAUUCUUGUGACGUUUUGGGCCACCUAGGCACUUCAGUCUGAGGAAGGGCCAUGAUGGCCCGAAACGUCACAAGAAUAAAGUGAAAGGGAGAUCACCGGUGUGCCGUUCUUUCAUUACCUUACAGUUGUACAGUUUGAAAAAUGCUUUCUUCUUAUUUCAUGAUUUACGAUGUAGUUUAUCUUGCGAUGUAUAUCUUCUAAUGUUUAACUCAUGCGUACAGCUACGAAAAGUUACUUUGAAGUAGGCCUAUAGGUGUAAAAUCUCACCAGAGGCUAUUAACAACAGUAUACAAAUAAUUUAAACUGAAUGUAUAUAUUUCGUCAUACAAUACAAAUCAUCAAUACCUAAUGAGAGGUAUUGCAGAAUUUUACAUUUACAUAUUUUUUAUUGCAAUUGUACCCAUUUUCACUCUGUUGCUGCUAAAACAUAUUUGAUUUUGUUUUGUUCAUUAUUAAAAUAAACAUUUUGUUAA